CAACGGCGUGUUCUUUUAUUCCAUGACCGUAAAGCGUCCAAUUCUCCAUAGACUUGGGCUUUGACAGUGUGACAUCAUGAAGACCAAAACAACGCCACGAAGACACACAGGUACAAGCUGUCAAUUCCAAGCAGAAAAUAAUUAAUUAUAUCCAUCGAAUUUUAUUUGAGGCUGCUUCAGGAAGUCCUCCUUCCAGCGUCACCAUGAUGUAACUGGGGAACUCAUCUAUGAACAAAAGCAACGUCCUGCCACGCUUGUAAGCCAGGUUCAACAGUAUCAUUGAUAUUUUCACCAACAGUAAUAGCAAAGCAAAAAAGUAACCAAAGAGACGAACAAAUGGCUACGAAACACAAGCAUUGGACACCCCGAUUUUCCAAAGAAGGAAAAUGGAUGCCCCAAAACCCCGAAGUCUACCACGACUGGCUGAAAAAGGUCAUCAUAAAAACCGACCAAACCCCCGAAGACCUACACCCGGUCCUCGAAGAAUUCCGUAACCUCCUCGACACAAACGCACGAGCCUACAUGCUCAUUACAUCCAUGUUCCAGGAAGUGCCCCGGAAGGCCCCCUACUGCGACGAUCCGAUGAGACACCCCAUGAUCCGUGAUCCGGAGCAUAUGCUGCAGGUGUUCAACCAUUUGAUCAGCUCCGCGCCGACGUUUAACGAGACGCCCGGCAAAUUCGGGCUGAUUGGGCUUCCGAUUAACGCGGUAUUGGACUAUCCCAUGGGCACGGCGAGCGGGUAUGCAGCGUUUCUGGACCCAGAUAUUAAUGCUGUUCUGCAGAGAAUAUUGGAUGCCUGGGGUGACUUUUUGCGUUCCCCUGCGUCUGCGAGCGUGCUUGACCCGUCCAGCGGUGCUGGGUCAUGGUUCGGGGAGUCGGCGUUGGACGAUCUCACCACCGUCGCGAACGCAGGAAGGUCUUCGUAUGCGUUCGAUGAGAUGUUCAUCUGUGAUCCCACGGACAAGCAUCACGGAUUCAAGUCGUGGGACGAUUUCUUCACGAGACAAUUCCGCGAGGGAGUGAGGCCCGUCGCGGCACCGGACGAUGAUAGGGUGAUUGCCAAUGCGUGCGAGAGCCAGCCAUUUCGCCUCGAGAGGGAUGUGAAAGCCCGCGAUCAGUUCUGGGCCAAGAGUCAGCCAUAUUCUGUCCUGGACAUACUGCAUCGUGAUGAAUAUUCUCCCGAGUUCGUCGGGGGCACAAUCUACCAGGCCUUUCUCAGCGCCUUGAGCUAUCACCGGUGGCAUUCGCCUGUGACAGGCAAGAUUGUCAAAGCCUAUGUCGUCCCCGGUACAUACUACUCAGAGCCGCUGUUUGAGAGUCUUGCGGAUCCACAAGGACCCCAUGAUAUCGACGUUGCGUCCGAAGUGACAAGUCAGGGCUAUCUCUCUGCUGCAGCGACCCGGGCUUUGAUCUUCAUCGAAGCUGAUAACCCUGCCAUUGGACUCAUGGUAUUUGUAGGCAUUGGCAUGGCUGAGGUCUCAACGUGUGAUAUCACCGUCAGACAAGGACAGAAGGUGAAGAAAGGUGAUCAACUAGGCAUGUUUCAUUUCGGCGGUUCCACACAUUGUCUGCUGUUCCGAAAAGGAGUCAAUGUCGAUGGGUUUCCAGAGAUGGGAAAGACGGGGAAUAUCCCAGUGAGGAGCUGUUUAGCCGUUGUGACAUGA